AUGAAUAGCCUUCUUUCAACGUUACUACUGCACGUUGGUAAUAAUCCUCAUCAACAACAACAGCCUCUCAUGAACACAACCACCAUCGUGAUGGAAUCUCUCGUACAAGCCUUGAUGCAAUGGCCAACCAAAGUGUUGGAAAACGGAAGUAGUGUCAUGAUGAAAACGACCAAAACCAUGAUGAAUUAUACAGAUGCAUGGUUGGGAGGUGCCGUGUCAAUGAGUACUCUCUCGGAUUCAGGUGUCAUCUCAUCAUCAUCGCGUUCGUUAUCGUUUCAGGUAUUGGAACCAAAUUUCAUGCAUGAAUUAUUGGUACGUCCACUCAAUGAAGUCAUUAGAAAUAUUUCCAAUUCAUUGGGAGUGGAUCAAUCGGCAGCUACAUACAUGUUCUUUCUGAUUGCCAUGAAUUUUCCGUUAGCGUUGGUGUUGAGAAUGACUCGAUUUGGAAUGAUGAGAGCUGUGUUGGGAGCAUGGAUUGGACUUGUUUACACAUUCUAUACGUUUGGAGUACAUACUUUGCAUUCGAUAGCUGUGCCAUUGAUGGUAUAUCUAUGGCUGUAUGUGACUGUUGGCAUGAGUGACCGAGUGGUCAAGUAUUUGAGACGCAGCCGAGCUCGAUUGGCAGUUCCACUGGUGGCUGUGGUGUUCUCAUUCGGAUACUUGCUUGUGUGUCACUAUCAUCGAAUGUUAACGGAUUAUUUAGGAUGGAAAUUGGACUUUACAGGACUGCAAAUGCUCAUUACUUUGAAGACCACUGCUGUGGCAUGGAAUGUAUAUGAUGGUAUACUCGUUCAUGAUCCUGAUUCCAAGGAAGGAAAAGGUGUUACCAAUCCAUACCAUAGAACUAACAGAUUGGAACGAAUGCCAUCACUCAUGGAAUAUUUUGGUUUCUUAUUCUUCUUUAUUCCUGUCUUGUCUGGUCCAAUCUACGAAAUGACACAAGAGAGAAAAAAUCCACCAAUUCCUUGGUUAUUAGUGUUGAAAAAGAUUAUUCUCGCUCUAGUCAAUAUGGUUCUCGUUUUGCAAACAGCAUCCUAUUUUGGAAGAGAGCAACUCGAAGAUGUCAUUUAUGAAAGAGGAGAUCGUCCAAGAGAGCUUUUAGGAAGUUCUCUCUUGUACAAAUUUCUGUUUUCAUUUGCAUGUAUGAACUCUAUCAAAUUUAAAUAUGUUGUGGGAUGGUGCUGGAGCGAAGCUGCAUUACUCAUUACAGGUUUUGGAUAUCAAAGACAUUACAAGUCUGGUGAAUUUUCUUUUGCUGGUGCUGAGGCAGUCGAUUACUUUGAUCAUUUCCUUGCAUCCAAUCUUCGAGAUGUGACAACUACUUGGAAUGUUUCUGUUUCAAAAUGGUUGAGAAAUUAUGUAUAUACCCGAGUUGGAGAAAAACCUGGUACUUUGGCAACUGUUAUUACAUUUAUUGUGAGCGCCAUUUGGCAUGGAGUCUAUGCAGGAUAUGCCAUCAUGUGGAUUCAUUACGCACUGGCCAUGAGUUUGAUUGGACGUUUGGCUCACAAAAAGAUGAGACCCUAUUUUUUGAACGAUGUUGAACAUCUCUUCUCUGCAAAGAAUAGUCGUGUCAUGUCCUACACCUACAAGAUACUGUCAUUCAUUGCAACUGGUAUUUUCACAUCCUACAUUUUACCACCAUUCUUGUUAUUGUCUUGGGGUAAUUCCAUUCAAUUCUUUAGAUCCAUGCAAUGGUGUGGUCAUAUGGCAUUCUUUCCAAUAUAUGUCAUUUUAACCAUGAUACCUAGUCGUCAUGGUCAUCACUCUGAGAGGCAUGGUCACAAAAGCGUUGACUCUGUAAGCACGAAAAAGAAUCAAUAA